AGUUUUAUUUUUUUUCUAUUUUACAUAUCUUCCAACCUUGAUUGUGGGCCUUGACUAAAUUUGUCGGCGGGUAAAAAUUGAAAGAUAUGUAAAAUAAAGAUAAAAAUAAAACUUUCAUGGAUCAUUUACCGCGCUUGGGUCUUAGUUAGCCCGUUUUCUAUAUUCGUCUAUUCAUAUUUUUUAAAAGAUCUAAUAUGGGUGUUGCAAUCGGAUUAAGAAAUUAAAAUUCUUUACAGUAAUUUAGAUAGUUAAAUCGUAUAGUUUUAAUUACGAGGAGGAAGGGGCCAUUGUUCCAACAAUAAACUGUGUUUCAAGUUCAAAAGUGAUCAGCGCGCAGUUUAAUAAGUUGAAAUAUACAUAUACAUAUAUACAUGCACGGAAAUUUAUAUUAAGCUAUCAAAGAUCUCUCUAAGCUCGGACCAAAAAUGGCAUUUAUUCUAAUUUGAUUGUAUUUGAUUGUUCCGUGUUAUUUGUCCUGUUACAUAACACAUUACAUUAAACAUUGUUGCAUUUGUCUUACCUUACACGUGACAGUGCAUCUACGUAAUUUGUAGAUACGGGUCUCUCUUCGGUGGACGAGGCUUCGCGUUCAUCAACUUUUACCAACAUCGCGAUGGCGAGCACUUGCAACGAUGACGCUGUGCCUCAUGUUCCACAAGAGCUGACUGAAGAUGAUAAAAAAUAUGCAGCAGCAAGCUUGAACGAGACCGACGAAACGAGAGAGAACGCUGUCGCGGAGAUCAAACGCUGGAUCGAGAACGAACUGCGCAUACGAAUCGAUGACUUUCUCAUUCUGCGAUUUUUGAGAGUGUGUAAGUUUAAUCUUGAGAAAACUAAGAUCAGGAUACGAAAUUAUUAUAAGCAACGAUCCAAUUUACCAGAAUGGUACUUGAAUAAAGAUCCGUUUCGACCAGAACUGCAGGAACUGCUUGAUUUGGGAAUAUGUUUGCCCCUGCGGAAGCCAGAUAGUCAAGGAAGGUUGAUAAUUAUUAUGCGCAUCACUUUGCAUGAUCCGAGAAGACACCAAGUGCCGGAUAUAUUUAAGAUUUGUAUGAUAGCGAUAGAAGUAGCAAUGAAAUAUUAUCCCGCAGCAUCAAUGUACGGUUGCAUAUUAUUAAUAGACGUGACCAGUCCAACCAUACAACAAAUUUUUCAAGCCCGACCUUAUGUAUUAAUGAAUAUAGUCCACAUGUGGCAAAGCUGCUACCCUAUGAGAUACCACAAAAUUAAACUAUUCAAUGCCCCGGCAUUUUUGGAUGUUACUGUGAGGAUUCUCAAAUCUUUUAUGACCGAAAAGAUAAAAAACAGAUUUCACGUUUGUUCACAUACGCUUGAGUGUUUCGAGGAUAUCCCCGCUGAGAUUUUGCCCGUCGAAUAUGGCGGCACUGGUGAUACAAUGCAGGAAUUAAUAGAAUAUUGGAAGAAACUGAUUGAAGAGAAUUGCGACUGGCUUAGGCACGAUGAUGAGAAUGAUAAAAUCGAAUGAUAAAAUCGAAUAUUAUUUUGGAGCAAUAGCUUUAGUAUCGACAUUAAAUGUUCGUUCUUUAUAGUGUA